GGGCGGGGUAAUCUAUAGCGUAGUCUUGUGGUGAUGAUAAUGGGUAUCUGCAGUUUCAAGACGCGAGUCGCUCAGUUUGACCACUCACAUCAGCUUUCCGUACUCCAUCACGCACCCAACUGAGCAGGUUGGCUUGCGGCGACCUUGAAGCUUUCGGCAGCGGUAGCGCGCGAAGCCACGCUUGACUAGAUGCACAUGUGAUGCCCGGCUUUGACAAUUGAUCGAUCAUCUUACACACAUCCACAAAGCUUCAUACUCAUCCCCCUCAAAGGGCUAUACGAACGACCAUACUUUGCCCUCCACAAAGCAACAUGUCCACAGAUGCGGAGUCGGCACGCCGGACAGCAGAGGCUCGCGCGGCUGUGGUAGCCUCGCUCGCAGCCGUUGGAGGAUCUGUCGACAACGAGAUGCGUACUCGAGCGGCAGAUUUGCACAAGAACUGCGAGGCAAUUGCAAAGCAGGAGAAAGACUUGGCCAAGGCGACGAACGCGUUGGCAAAGGAGAGUGCGCAGUGGCAGAAAUUGGCGGACACAAGCACGAAGAAACUCAAUGAAAUCGGAGACAUUCAGAACUGGGCCGAGAUGCUGGAAAGGGAUCUGCUGGUGCUAGAGGAAACGCUGCGCUUGGUUGAUGGAGAGAAUGUACCUGACUCUGCGAGCGGUACAACGGGAUAGAGCAAGUCGUGAUGAUGCCUUCGUAUGCGAUAGACGAAGCUGGAGGACGGGCGUUUUUGAACACUCCACUGGUGGGGUAAGAGAUGUAGAGUAGCUGUGACUGUGCACCUAAGCACAAGAGCUAGUACGGUGAGAGAAAGAAUCGAAUCUGGAGACUUGAGGUUGGUAGCAC